UCGCGAUAUCAGGCGCAAAGGAGCCGGGCGGGCACUGCGCAGCGUGGAGGUCGUAGGAGUCAUUUCUCUGUUGACAGUUCCUGUGUCUGCUGUCCCGCACCCCGCCCGGCCCAGCCAUGCUGUCCGCUUUCGCCCGGCCUGCCAGGGCCGCUCUCCGCCGCAACUUCAGCAUCUCAGCCCAGAACAAUGCCAAGGUAGCCGUGCUGGGUGCCUCCGGAGGAAUCGGGCAGCCCCUUUCACUCCUCCUGAAGAACAGCCCCUUAGUGAGCCGACUGACCCUCUACGAUAUCGCUCAUACGCCGGGCGUGGCCGCUGAUCUGAGUCACAUCGAGACCAGAGCUAAUGUGAAAGGCUACCUCGGACCCGAGCAGCUGCCAGACUGCCUGAAAGGUUGUGACGUGGUAGUGAUCCCAGCUGGAGUCCCCAGGAAACCAGGCAUGACACGGGAUGACCUUUUCAACACCAAUGCCUCCAUUGUUGCCACCCUGACUGACGCCUGUGCCCAGCAUUGCCCAGAAGCCAUGAUCUGCAUCAUUUCCAACCCAGUUAACUCGACCAUCCCAAUCACAGCUGAAGUUUUCAAGAAGCGUGGCGUGUACAACCCCAACAAGAUCUUUGGCGUGACAACCCUGGACAUCGUCAGAGCAAACAGAUUCGUGGCAGAACUGAAGGGUUUGGAUCCAGCUCGAGUCAGUGUGCCUGUCAUUGGUGGCCAUGCUGGGAAGACAAUCAUCCCCCUGAUCUCCCAGUGUACCCCCAAGGUGGACUUUCCCCAAGACCAGCUAGCUACACUCACUGGGCGGAUCCAGGAGGCUGGCACAGAGGUUGUAAAGGCCAAGGCUGGAGCAGGUUCUGCUACCCUGUCCAUGGCAUAUGCGGGAGCCCGCUUUGUGUUCUCCCUGGUGGAUGCCAUGAAUGGAAAGGAAGGAGUGGUUGAAUGUUCCUUUGUUCAGUCCAAAGAGACAGAGUGUACCUACUUCUCCACGCCUUUGCUGCUAGGGAAAAAGGGCCUGGAGAAGAACCUGGGCAUUGGCAAACUCUCACCUUUCGAGGAGAAGAUGGUUGCUGCAGCCAUCCCUGAGCUGAAAGCCUCCAUUAAGAAAGGUGAGGACUUUGUCAAGAACAUGAAAUGAAGGUUCAGCCUCUAGCAACAUCGUCACCCUAACUUAUUCAGACAUCAGUAUCACUGUAAAGCCAUUUCAGAGACCUUUGUACUUUUAAUUUGCUUCAGUGGAUGGGUAUUGAAUCAAGGUCCUCGUCCCUUCCAAACUGUGGUUGGUCUAUUGAUAAUAACAAUAAAAGCAAACUUUUGAUUUUCUUUU